AGAAAAUUCAAAAGAGUGCAAAGUUAAAACUCAAUAAAUUAAAUCAACUAUCGAUCGUAACUAUUGCAAUAAACUACUAUACGUAUAUAUACGUAUGUAUGAAUGAAAAUCGUUUACUUGUAAAUUGCAAGCUGCGCGUCAAUAGGGUUUUGUUUAUCUAUUUUGUGUGUGCUGUGUGCGCAUCAUUUUCACGGCACUGCGAAAAUCGGCGGAACUAAUUAAUUUGGAAAAGAAAAAAAUCGGCUAUUAUCUGCACAAAAUUAUUAUUGUUGUUGGCGUUGCAGUUUUUUGGUUCGACGCGCUUGAAUGUCGGUGAUGUCGGUGGCAGCAACGGCAGACGAAGGCGUUGCUAAAAAUAACAAAUUUCUGCUAUUAAAAAUAAAUUAAAUUUGAAAAAUAAAUUAAAAGUUUAAUAUCUAAAAAGUGUUUCGCAAUUUUUUGAGCUGUAUAUUAAACUGCAAUUGGGACGCAACGCUUACUAAAAUAAUAUUGAAAAUAUUUUGAAAUGUAUUUCAAAAUGUGGCUAAACGGCAUGUGGAUGCUGUCGCUGACAACGCUGGUGGUUGCGUCGUGGGGCGAUGCGAGCCAAAGUCAAUAUCACAUACAAACCGACGAGGGUCCCGAACGCUAUUUCCGUUUCCAAACCGAUAAUGGGCAAUUCCGCAAGGAGAAACGCCUGCAGGACGGCACUGUAAUAGGCACCGAGGCCUGGAUCGAUGCAGCUGGCUUUCUAAGGCAGAAGGACUAUAUAGCUGAUAAGCAGGGCUAUCGCAUAUUGAAAUCCAAGACCAUAUAUGUGGGUCAAGGCAGAGGCAUAGAGGAUGCCAUCAAGUCUACAAAGGCGGCGCCUGCGCAAUCUGGUGUAUUGGUUGAUGGCAAUGCUGGUGGCAAUAGUGUGGCUGUUACCGCCACUAGUGGCUACCACAAAGCUCACAACUAUGGCUAUGUUAGCAGCACCACAACAACAACCACAACGCCUGCACCACCGCUGUACGAGCCACCCAGCAUAGCCACGCCCACGCUAUCCUCAGGCCUCGGCAAGCUCGACUACUUGCCGCCAGAGGAGGCGGCAAAGCUAGAACCCCGUCCCCAACUAGGCUUCGACCACUAUCCCGAUGAGCUGCCACGUGCGCAUGCGCAACUGCAGGGCGAUCUGACGCCGCUGGUGCAAAUACAUCCGAAUGCGGAGCCAAUCGAUGAUGCACAGAAUAAUGCCAUCAAUGUGUACGACGAGGAAGCCGAUCGGGAUUAUGGACCGGGUCUCUAUAGCUCCACAACGCCACGACCGCCUGUGGUGUUGGCUUCACUUGCACCGCCGUUGGCGACGCCAGCGCUCUCGAUGCUGCCGCCCUUGGACACGCACAAGCGUCGUCUGCGUCCACGACCUAUAGCCGUAGUCUCAAGCACACCAGCGCCGAUUGCAGCGGCACAGGCAUAUGGCUACUCCACGCCCGCGCCAUUUGCACCGCCGGCGGUGGCUCCCGCAAGUGGCUAUCAGUAUGCCCCUGUUCCCUCUGGCGCUGGCGAUUUCGGCUACUAUACGCCCAACUCACCGCUGGAUGUGAAUAGCUUAGAUGGAACGACGGCGGCGCUGCUGCCACCAUUGCCGGAUCGCGCCUAUCGUCGACGUCUGCGUCCGCUGCAGAGUAACGCUCUGGAUGCGCCCGACUACGAUGGCAUCAGCGUGACCCGCAACGGUUUCCGGUACGUGCUGCCGCGACAAUAUCACGAGGAGGCGCAGGUGGGCGACAAGCGGGCCGGCAGCUUCGGCUACGUGGAUCCCUUCGGCAUACGACGUGUGGUUUAUUAUAAUGCGGCGCCGGGUCGUGGCUUCGUCCAUCGCAAUAACAAUCAGUAUGUGGGGGCCAAUGGGGCGCCCUACGAUGCGCCGGGGCCGUUCAAUGAAUAGUUGCUGCCAGCCACCAACGAAAACGAAGCUUCACCAACACCCCCUCUCUGUCCCUCUUGCUCCAUCUCUCAUCUCUCCCACUCUGCUCUCCACACUGCUCUUCGCACCAAAACUAACCGCAACGCCUCAAUUUAUGCUAAGCAUUCAUUAUAAAACAUAACAACUGUACAUAACAAUAACAGCAACCUUAAUAGCACCAACACUUCCAGCUCUCUUCUCCAACACAACAAAACAAAACAAAUGUCUGUGUUAAUUAAAUUAAUUUAAUAUAUAUUUGUAUAUGUAUGUAAUUUUAUUUAUAAACGAAAAAGAAACAUUCACUUAAUUAGCACGUAGUAGUAUUAUGUCAUACAAGUAGUUUCCAUUGUUUUGUAAUUAAGUUGAGAUCGUUUCAUGUAUUAAUCUUGCCAUAUUAACCAAGAGUAAAUAAAACAAAUACUAAAUACAAAUCAACUAAGCCACAAAUAGUCCCACACGACAGAAACCCCUCCCCUCCCUCCCUGCCACACACCCACACACACAUAUACCCUUAGAUGUCGAACUUAAUGCAGCUAUUUAAUUGUACCUGCGAUUGAUAUGUGAUUUCUUUGCCAAUAGUUGUUCAUUAAAAAAGGCAAAUUUAUAUAUAAAUUACUUUCGAAUUUCAAAUAUUUUUUUGUUUGUUCUGUACAUAAACAAUGAGCACCCGUUGCCAAGAAAUUAUAGCAAAGUAACAAACGAUGUAAUUAUUAUAGCAAUAAAAAUUAUAGCAAGUGCUAAACUUUA